CCCUCUAAAGCAAAAUCACAUGAUGCGUAUUUUGUCAUAUGACGCCGAUGAGAGGACUGAUUCCCCUGUUAGCGACCAGAGCUGCUGUCCUCUGUGGAAACUCAGGCAGCUGGACCUGCCGGGGAUGACCUGCUGGACACCGACUCUGUUUGGCGGCUGCUCUCGGUAACCUGGAGGAUGGACUGUCGGGGACUUCUGCCUGCUGUAGCAGCUGCUUGCUGCAUUGUCAUGGUGGUGAGCCAGACGACUCUCACUCCUGCUGUGCUGAACACCACCCUCAUCGAGAAUGUGACCGGUCUGACUAUAACACCCGUGAUUUUCAGCAGCACAACCCCAGGCUGCUCUUCUUUCAAUGUUUCUACUUGUGAGCCCUGUGCGCCGGGAUCACAAUACGACAACAGCACCUUGCUGUGCACGUGCUGUUCUGACCCUGGGCUGUGUUUAUUUCCUGGAGCCUGCCUCCCCUGUGCCAUGGGGUUUUAUCAGCCAGUAGCUGGAGAGCAGAAAUGUUUGCCCUGCAACCGGGGUUUUUACACCAAUUUCACUGGAAGUCCAUUAUGUCACCCCUGCCCUGGUGGGUCCUUCAGCAAUAACACUGGUGCAGAACGUUGCACAAGCUGUUUGCCAGGUUUCUUUUCAUUGCAGGAGGGUUCUACUUCAUGUUCACCGUGUGCAUUGGGGAGUUUUUGCAACUCGUCCAGUUGCACCCAGUGCCAAAUGUGUCCUGGAGGAACUGAAACUCUGCUGACUGGAGCUACACGCUGCUCACCCUGCCGGCCAGGCAUGUACAAGGCUGCCUAUCAGACCAUGUGUCAGAUCUGUGGCAGUGGCUUCUACCAGGUCCAGUGGGGGCAGGAGAACUGUGAAAUCUGCCCAGAGAACCACUACUGCCCUAGCCCUGAUGUAAACCCCAUCCUGUGUCCAACUGAUGCCUUCUGUCCAGAGGGCAGCUUGGCUCCAGGCUACUGCAUGGAGACUUUCUUCCGCAAAUCAGGGGACACUUGUGAAAUGGCUCCUGUCACUAUCGCGCUGUUGGUUAUUGGAGGAGGGGUGACCUUACUGUUUAUCGGUUUAAUGGUUCUACGUCGACGGAGAGACACCGACAGAGAGCUGACAAUAGCCCGGACUCCACUGUUACGCAAAGAACGGCCUCAGGGUCGAUACUAUGGGCUGCCCUGUGAUGCCGAGCCAGUGUAUGCCGGCUGGUAAACCACUAAGACUAAAGAACUGACAGAAGAAGCAGCAGACUAAUGGUAAAAUCCUCAACCGGCACCUUCAGAGUAAUUUCACAAUCCACCAGCUUUUCAAUUGUGGUACAUUUGAAUAUAUUAUUGACAAACAGAGAUUGAUUCUUUUGUGAAUUCUUAUAGUUUGACGUUGUUACAGUUGUUCCACUUUCAGAGAAACAUUCCUUUUGUAAACUGGGUUAUUGGAUUAUGAGAGGUAUGUUGGAGACACGUGCCUCGGGUUGGUGGGAAACUUUUUCUCCUAUGAAAAGCACUUUUUUUUAUUACAGAGGUAAUCGAUUUACUUUGCAUUCACGUGCUGGUAGACUUGUGGGUGCUUCUGUUAACUCUAAUGCUUCGUCACUGACAGAGAGGUGUGGCUGGUACGUUGUGUUUUUUAAAGCUUUUGAUUUUUGUGUGCCAUGUUGUUUGUAGUUUAAGUGAUACCUUUGCUUAAUGGUUUUCAUCUGCUUUUUUUUUUUUUUUUAAAAAAAGGUUAUAUUUGUAUGUUUUAAAGGAAAAUAAAUAAAAAUUAUUCAGAUUUAUAACUCUUUCUGUUAUAAUUUGACUAUACAUUUCAAACUAGUAAUGAAUAAUGUAAGUUUUUUGUUAUCAUCCCUAUGAAAGGCACAAAACCUUUUUUUGCAUUAAUUUAUUGAGAUGAUGUUAAAUUAUUUCUCCAUAUCCUUGGUAAAAGUGAGCAACCAUGAAUAAUUUCUGAUUUACCUAAUGUGCACAUUUCAAUUUUAGACUAUGAAUGCAUAUAAUGCCUUCAGAUUUCUUGGUUUUUCCCUCAAUGCUGGAUGUUUUGAGAAUGCAGUUAUUCGGUAAUUUAACCAGACAGAACAAAAUAACUCCUAUUAUGUAGGUUCAGAAUGUGCAGCAACAAUUACAAUCCAGUAACAUGCUGUUGACAGCUAUAGGAUGUUACUGAAAAUGAGAACUGAUGGUCCAAAAAGUCGACAUUCAGUAGAGCAGAACUUUAAAACCUUCCAGCUCUGAAGUCAAAACUGACAUCUGUGUUGGAAAGUGUGAAUUCAGAUAUGAAAAAUCUACUGACAUAAUGUUUCAAUGUGAAACAAGUAUUCACAUCAGACUUUAGAAGCCCUUUAGAUGCACAUUAAUGAGCAAUACUAUUAAUCUGAGUAUACUUUGGCCAUGCACACAAAUAUAAAUCAAACUUUUGACAUCUUCUCCAAAUUUCUCUUUUUGUCUCUUUUUUUGCAUGCUUCACCCACUUACAAAGAUUUAUUGUAACUACAAAUGUAAAGAAUAUUUUUUAAUUUUUCACUUCUUGGUUUUAGUUUCGGUCAUGUUUUGGUUUAGUGGUGUUUUUGCUGUGGGUGGUGUUUUCUUUUUUUAUACUGUAUGUGCAAAGGUUUUAGGCAUUUUGGUGGAUUCUUAUCUAUCACACAGAACAAUCAGGUAUCCGAUCAGUCCCAACUCCAGCCUACAGUAUGACAACAACCCCGAACAUGCAGGCUUUAACAUGCCACAAGAAGAACAAGGAGUUCUGCAACAGAUGGUGUGACCCCACAGAGCCCUGAUCUCACCAUUAUGGAGUCACUCUGGGAUCAUAUGAAGAGGCAGAAAACAGCGGCAAACGGUGGUCACACUAAAUACUGAUAUGAUUUAGGUUUUCUCUAUUUACUGCAAUCUGUACAAACAUAAUAAAUAGAAACCAGUCA